AUGGCCUCAACUGAUCCCAAAGAACUCGCCCCCAAACAGUUGACUGCUGAAGAAUACCGCUUCCUCUCGAAGAGACCGUACUACAACAACGUUCUCAUCGACUCCCGCGAGCUGGCCUUGCGGGUCAGCCUUGAUGAACCACGGCGCUGGACACCUGCAAAGAAACCCUGUGCCAGUCUCGGUAUGCUCGGUAUGCUCCCGUUGGAGAUACAACUCCACCUCUUCUCUAUAACACCCGUCAGCACGCUAUUCGACCUGCGAGCCACAAAUUCUCACGCAAGGCAGCUCAUUGAGCAAUGGCCGCCAUUCCGGACCGCCAUGACAGAAGGCUCCGACGCGGUUCGUGCCCUCGUUGCCACCGGUGCUGGCAAUUUAUGGACAACUCAACAAGUUGUCCAUGUUCUCUUCACCACCAAAUGCGAGUUCUGCGGUGAGCACGGGGAGAUUCUACAGCUCCUGAAGCUCAAACGCUGCUGUUUCCGGUGCCUCUCACAGGAACGCGAGCUCCUCGCGAUCUCUGAGCGGUACACCUGCGAAGUCAUGAAGCUCGAGCCCAGCGAAUUGGCGCAGCUCCCUCUUCUACGCAGCGUGCCUCAGAAACGCUUCUGGGGCUUUCCGGCACGAGAGCGGCGGUGGCUUUUUGACUUUAACUCUGCGCUCAAAGUCGUGCGACAACGACCAAGAGAGCAAGGCCACCGCCCUCCAGCACCACCGAGGAUCGGCCCGAUGAUGCUGCAACAGACCGGAAAGCGACUCAACCUCAAGGAAUGCAGUGUUCAACGUCGGCCCAAGCAGACGAUACAACUACGCCGUGGUCAACGGCCUCUGCGCCUGAUGUCCGAGGAAGUCUCCCCGUUGGAAACCGUGUACGCGCAGCACGCCUGCGCGAUCCGUAUCCCAGGCAAGAAGCGCCAGACCACCCGUCUCCCGAAAGGUGGCCUCCAGGUAGAGAUCUCGACCGUAGAAGCGGUCCAUUGUGCCGGCUGCGCUUUCUACUGGAACUACCACUCACCACUGCCAUGGCAAUUCCACCGCCUCUAUCCGCAUCAGCCCGGCAAGACGGACACGCCCUUCACACAUCAUCUGGAAUACUGUGUCUACGCCAAGUUGCAGUGGUCGUGGUUGCAUAACCCGUGGACCCUGUCGCAUCCCGUAGACAUCAUCAUCUACGGCGACCACAACAUGAUGCAGUCGAGGACCGACGGGCCGCUCGGUCCGGAAGACAACGCCCAUUUCGAGGAGAUUGACAGCUACAUGCAGAAAUUUAUAGACGCCGCGGAAGUUGUUUGCGCAGAGGAUUUCGCGCCUCCUGAUCACUGGCCUCGACUUGAGAGCCGCAAGGAUGACGAGUCAUCCAGCGACACAGCAAAGUCGUACAACGACAGAGUACUCCUCGCACGCCAGAAAGAGCAGGCCGACAAAGAACUCCUCCAGCGCAUCAGAGCUCGUGAGCCGUCGAGCUCCAUCGAGCAGCUAGACAGCUACUACGACUGCCUGGUCAGCCAAGAGGCGAUCAGCCAAGCGAACUGGGCUUGCGCGAACAUGGCAAGCGGCAAGGCGUGUUUGUUUGGCGGUCCCGUCGUGGUCAUGAUGGACAAACAUGAGAGCCUGCUGAGAAAGGGGUGUUGGAUGCCUGCGCUGGGCCUCGGCCAGAUGUAUAUGUGA